AUGAGCGUCACUUUUGAGGUUUUCCGCGGCUCCAAGGAGGGCAAGAUCGUGGCCGACAAGACCACCCGCACCCUACAGCCCAACGAGGUCUACAUCGAGACAACACACUCCGGUCUCUGUGGCACAGACGAGCACUACCUCUCUUCCGGCAUGGCUCUCGGCCACGAGGGUGUCGGUAUCGUUCGCCAGCUCGGCCGGGACGUCACCAAUGUCAAGGUUGGAGCGCGUGUCGGAUACGGAUACACACACUACGUGUGUGGAAACUGUAACAAGUGCUUGACGGGCUGGGACCAAUACUGCGAGAAUAAGAAGGAAUAUGGCUCACACAACCACGACUUGGGCUCGUUUAGUGGCGGUAUCGUUUGGGACGCCGGAUGCGUCGUCCCCAUCCCGGAUGGCUAUGACUCCGCCGAUGCCGCGCCCUUGAUGUGCGCCGGCGCCACCGUCUGGACCUGUCUCACAGAGUACGGCGUCAAGCCGACGGACCGCGUGGCGAUCAUGGGCAUCGGUGGUCUGGGCCACCUGGCUAUCAAGCUCGCCUCGGCGAUGGGCUGCCACGUCGUUGUUUUGUCCAGCUCAGAGGCGAAGCGUGAGGAGGCCUUCGGGUUCGGCGCGUCCGAGUACCACGUAUUCCGUAAGGGUGAGGAAAUUAAGGACUUCAAGCCUGUGAACCACCUUCUGCUCUGCGGCAGUGCCAACGUCGACUACUCCAGCCUCAUCCCGCUUAUGGAUGUGCACGGCUCAAUCUACCCCCUCACUGUCGACUUUGCUCCCUCGCCCGUUCCCCUUCUGUUCAUGAAUGUUAAGGGCAUCCGUAUCCAGGGUUCGCUUGUUGCGUCGCGCAAGAGUCUACGCACAUUGGUUGAGUUCGCUGCCGAUAAGAAGAUUACCCCGACUACCAUGACCUUCCCCUUGACCAGAGAUGGUGUCGAGGCUGCUAUGCAGACUCUGCGUGAUGGAAAGAUGAGAUACCGCGGUGUUCUGGUUCGGGAGUAA